AUGGGAGCUAAAAAAAGUAAGAAUCCACGUUUGCCACCGUUACGUCCUGAAGAAUCUGUUGCUAUUGAUAAUUUAAUGAACUUCAACGACCAUGUUCAUGUGGAUAAUUUACUGAGCAAAUGGCAACCUUUGUUGACUGAAAACAUGGCACAACACGUAAGACUUUGGUUUCUUUCUAACCAAUCAGAUAGAUCAGAAAUUGAGCAUAUAUAUCAAUCUUUUGCUUUGAAUGCAAUGUACCAAGAAAACUACCAUGGUCUGGUUAAGAAAAUAUUUUCAAAUUCAAGUGUUCUACAGUAUUCAAUCGAUUUGACUGAAUCACUAAUGAUUUGUUUAAAAUCUACCGAUCAGUAUAAACACUGGGUACAGGUUAAUGCAAAAUCAAGAGCAAUACCACAAUUAGGUUUAGAAUUUUCCAACGAAUCCAUAUCUUCAAGCAUAGACACAUGGUUGCAAAAAGAAACUUACUACGGAUUAAUGCAUAGAAUACUAAUCACUACCCUUUAUGGUGUACCGGAGAAUAAUAAUUUAUUUCCGGCUAUUGGUAUUGAUGAAAAAUACAAUAAAUCAUUUAAAACUAUAUUAGAUUUCGGAUGGAUAAUGUUUAUCGUUAAACAUUUACCAUCAGACUGUCAAAACAGCUGGCGUUUAUUAUAUUCAUCUAGUUCACACGGAGAGAGUUUCCAAGCGUUAAUCGCAGCAAUUAUUGAUCAAGGGUGCACAAUUGUUGUUGUAAAAGAUACUGAUGGUAAUAUUUUCGGUGGUUAUGCUUCGCAAUCGUGGAUCAUGAAACCAUCAUUUUAUGGAGAUUCUGGUUGUUUUUUAUUUACGUUACUUCCGAAUUUCAAUUGCUGUGUAGCAAGUGGGCGUAACGACAAUUUUAUGUACAUGAAUAACGGCCAAUACACUUUUCCUAAUGGUUUAGGUAUGGGUGGACAGAUGGGUUAUUGGGGUCUUUGGUUGGAUUCUGAAUAUGGCAAAGGCCAGUGCAAUGUCUCGUGUUCAACAUUUGCAGAUUUUUCAAUGCCAACGAAAGAAAAAGAUUUUGUCAUUAGUUCACUAGAAGUGUGGUGUGUAAAAGAAAAGAUAAAUGAUGAAAGCGACGAGAAAAAAAGAAAGAAACCCACGAAUACGGAUUACAUGGACAUGAAAUUGUUGGAAAUGGCCGGCCGACCGAAAUAUACUGAUAAUCUUAAAUCCGAUGAAAACCAUCCAUACUAA